GUUUGAUCGUAAGCAGCUGAAUGGUUGCACGAAAACGCCUUUUUCCAAUAAGAGGAAGAGAGAGAUAGAGAGUAGGAUGGGAUAGAAAAAGAUAGGCAGAAUGGAACAAUCGAGGGCACAAUCAAAUAAAUAAAUAAAAAAUCUAGUAAAAUGUAAGAAAUAUCAAUUUUUGUUAUGAAAAAAAAAGCGAAUGGAAUAAUUGGACUAGUGUGAACAUUGAGUGUGAAUGAGAAAUUUAAAUGUCGACGCAAAGCAACGAGGGAACACAACACAUGCAGAUUUAUCAAGGGAUUUUCUUUGGUGAUUUUAUUUGUUUCUUGAACAAUCCCUUGUCCUUUUAAAUUUCAAUUUGAUGUUCUUGUCAACUUUAUAUUCAAACAAAAAUUUAAAACCUUCCAAAAUUAGCAUGUACAAAUAAAACCAAAAAAAACAACCCUUUUAUCUGCAAACAUAGCAACCAAACACCCACAAAAUUCCAGUGUAAAAUAGUCAAUCGGAGUGCCUACUUAAAGAUGGAUAAGCAAAUCAUGACUAUCGAAAAGAUGAGGAGCUUUGAGGGUUCAACAGAUUCCUUUAAUUCAGAGAAAAGUGCCAAUCGCUCUACCAAUGAGUUAAAAAGGGGGUCUUGCAAUUUGAUAAACGGAAGCCCAUGCAAUCUGAAUCUAGACCAAUUCACUGAUCCUGUUGAUUCCAAAAGCAAAUGUAAAGAAAAUGUUCCAGAAAAUCCUCCACAUCCUUGCAAUUCCCUUAAAGCUCUCAUCCUAGAAGCAUCAAAAGAGAAAUACAGUUCUCAACUUCUUCCCCAAGAAACCACCAUACCAUCGGACCAAUGGCUGAUAGGUGGUGCCUUAGGAUCGAGAACCGCAACUUUGGUGUUCAAAAGCUCGGCCUUAGCUAAUCCGACUAUAAUGGAUAUUCAAGAUAAGCCUGGCCACAAACUGCAUGUAACUUACAAGGUACUUCAAGCCGAAACAAAACUUCUAUCAAAACUCCUGGAUUGUCACGGUGUCACUGAAGUUGCACCAAACUCGUCAGAUUUUAAUUUAUUAUGGACUGGUUCUCACCCUAAACCAGGUACUCUGAGGUCUCUAGCUCCUCACCAACGCGUCAACCAUUUUCCCCGUUCCUACGAGUUGACAAGAAAAGAUCGUCUUUACAAAAACAUCGAACGAAUGCAACACCUAAAGGGCCUUAAACAUUUCGAUUUUAUACCACAAACUUUUGUAAUUCCCACGGAACAUAAGGAAUUGUGCUCUACGCAUUAUAGAGUCAAAGGUCCUUGGAUUGUUAAGCCUGUGGCUUCAAGUAGAGGAAGAGGUAUCUUUAUUGUUCAGACUCCCACUCAAGUACCUAUGGAAGAAACAGUGGUUGUGGCCAAAUAUAUUUCUAAUCCGUUUUUGGUAUUGGGACACAAAUGUGAUUUGAGGCUCUACGUCGUAGUUACUAGUUUUGAUCCAUUAAUUAUUUAUAUUUAUGAAGAAGGUUUAGUAAGAUUUGCAACUGUUAAAUACGAUUCUAGUCAUAAACAGCUGUGGAACCCCUGUAUGCACCUGUGUAAUUAUAGUAUUAACAAAUACCAUAUUGAUUAUGUUAAGUCUGACGAUCCCAGUGCCGAAAACGUCGGUCACAAGUGGACGUUGAGCGCUCUCUUGAGACACCUAAAAUCCGAAGGUAAAGACACUGCCCGCCUUAUGUCACAAAUCGAAGACGUUGUGAUUAAAGCCGUUUUAGCUUGUGGCAAUUCAAUCCUUACUGCUUCUAGGAUGUUUGUGCCUCACGCGAAUAAUUGUUUUGAGCUCUUUGGUUUUGAUAUUCUACUGGAUGCCAACCUCAAACCAUGGCUAUUGGAAGUCAACUUAUCGCCCUCAUUAAACUGUGAUAGUCCCUUAGAUGUUCGCCUAAAAUCGGCCAUGUUAUCAGAUCUAUUGACACUAGUGGGAAUCCCUGCUGUCGAUCCCAUUUUACGGCCUACUAGCACAGGGAACUUGAGCAGAGGCAACUUAAAUUUGAAAAUGAAACUUUGUAAUUGUCGCAGGGUACAUUCAGCUGAUGGUCUCAGUAACACUUUGCCAAAAAAUAAGCCUUCCAUAACAACUCAAAGAAUUUCUUCAGCCUCUUUGCAGCCAACUGCCGAGGAAACUCGAGUAAUUAGAAACGCGCAGGCACAAUUCGAAAGACGGGGAGGUUUUGUCAGGAUCUUUCCUGCUGCAGACAGCUGGGCCAAGUAUUCUCAAUAUUUAGAACCCUCAACUGGCAUUCCUAUUUCUGGCAUAGUGUCGUCAAACUACAACGUCACCGCUUCCCACAAUUAUAAUUUGUUGUUGCAGAUGCAUCUGUUUCCCGAAACUCAGGUGCAUAGUAAUAAACUGAAUGACAAGCCUCAAUCUAGGGGCAAAUAUAGUAUUUCGCUGGAUCGGAAGAAGAGCUCACAGGCGGAAACUAGACAAAUAACACCACCUCGAAUGAGUGGACGUCAAGACAGAUACGAGAGGGCACUGAGUAGGGGUCACAAACAAGCUCUAAUGCCUGCCUGUAAAGUGACCAAAGAAUCCCAAAUUGUAGACUUGCGCAAAAAAAUCGUUGACUUACUCAAGUGUGGCAAAAGGAUUACGCAAUUCGAAGCUCGGAAAACAUUCAGUCAAUAUUUGGUGUGCAUUUUGAAAAAAAUUGUAACACCUCCUGAUCAGGACCAGCACGUCGAGAUUGUUCUGAAGUUUCUACAAAAAGCAUCGAAUUAUUUGAGAACACCUUAUUGCGUUAAAACACCUAGUAGCGAAUUAGAAAACAAAGAUCGAGCAGCCAUUGUUGCCAAACAGUUAAAUGAUUUUUUGUACCUUUACAAUAGGGAAACGGAAAUGUUCGUGGAUAGUUCGGAGAAACCCAGCCAAAUUCCUAAGGAUUUGUAUGAUGAAUUUUUGAUGAAGGCUAGAGAAUGUGAUCUCGAGGAAGUUUUAGUUUACCAAACAACUCAUAUGGUGCCAAAUUAUAGCGCUUCGCCCGGAUUCCAAGGUAUCCUGAAGUGCAUUCCGAACGUUUCCAAGCACUAUGGCCUGAAACCACCGUAUAAGCAAAACAAGUUAACCAAAAAAGUAGCCAGCACUUAACAAUUUUGUCUUGAUUAAUUUGUUUUUGAGAAGGUCAAGGUAGGACGGCGUAUGCAUUUUGUGAUGAAUUACUUAAGUUAUUUUAUGUCCUACUUUAUCUUAGGCACUUUUUUAUUGAAAUAGAACCCUUUUUUGAUUAAUAUUAUUUAUGAAUGUCUAAAUUUUGUUAUAUUUUGAAUGUGUUUAGAGCAGAGUCUUGAACGAAUUUUCUUGAAAAUUGUGAAGAUGAAAAUUUAUACAUAAAUAUUUCAAGUUCAUCGAAGUUAAAAAUUUUAUGAGCCUUAACUGUCUCAUCACAAAUUCAAAUUUUUACCAACCAUAAGUUAAAGCCUUCUCUACAGAAAGGUAAUAGCAACUUUUUAUUAAGUUUGCAUUGCAUCAAACCACUUUUUUUGAGGAAUUGAAUUAUUUUCAAACGAUCUCGAGCUAGAGAGUAAGUUAGCCAUUAAGCAAAUUUUCAAUAUUACCAAAUUAGUAGUUACCCACAGAAUGAACAAAGUUGAAUUAAUUUGCUCAAUUUGUUUUGCUAAACACAUCUAGCCUAGCUCUUAAGUUUUUUUGCACAUGGAAGUCACAAUUAUUUAUUUACUCAUCAGGUUCAAGUUUUUGCAGCCAAGAAUCGCUUUUUUGAUAAAUGAAUAUUCCUAUUUUUGUAUAACAAUCGUAAAGCAAUUAUUUCAAGAGUUUUUCAACUGCCAAAAUCCCAUACAAUUUUGAAAUAUGAUUGCAUUGCAACUAAAUCCAGUUUUCAAAUAAGGUUUCACGUUUUAUUGUAGUCAAUCGUAGAUUAGAUACAAUGCAGGAUUUUCACUCAGUUAGUCAAAUACUAGUAGACUUCUGCAUUCGGUCUUGAAAUAAUUUCACAAAAGAUUUAGUACAAUUUACACAAUGCAUUGUGAUAUGUAAAUAAGGCGCCUAUAGGAUUUGCUAUUUUAUAUAAUGUACUUCAGUGGUACACUUUUUUGCUGCGAAUUUUUACACAAUGCGAUUAUUGGAAUUGCUCUCUAUGUUAAUGAGGUUAUACACAAUUAUUGUCAAUAAAAUGUUAUGAUCUUAAGUCUUUUUACACUUGUGAUGUAGGUAAUAAAAUAUUUAGAUUUUUGUACUUAUUAUUGUUAUUACUUUUUUUAUUUGUUGAUUUUGUGACACUAUUGUAAUUCACUAAUAGAAUGGGGUAAGAUUAUUGGGAUUCUUGUAGCAAUAUGUAGCGGAUGAUCAAAAUGAAGCACUAAGUUAAAAUGGUGUCUCACAUUCUGCAAUUUUUAAUAUGUAUAGCCUAAUACGCAGCACUUACUGAGUGACUUGAUUUGUGCCGUGCCUACAUAUGUACAGGGUGGCCCAAAUUCGAACCUUAUCAUUGGGAUCUUGGAAACCGUAAGAGAUACGGGGUCGGUUAAAGUAUGGCAAAGUUGCGCAAUUUUAUGACCAAUAGAAUGCCGUUUUGAAAUUAGAAAAAUUCCGAACACUUCUGGAGAUAUUCGGAAAAAACCAAAAUUUUGUAAAAUCGUUCUUGGGCUGAAGACGAAACGUCGGUUUUUUCCGAAUAUCUCCGGAAGUAUUCGGAAUCUUUCUUAUUUCAAAACGGUAUUCUAUUGGUCAUAAAAUUGCGCGACUUUGGACGUAUAUAAGGGGGGGUUUUGGGGAUUCAUACCCCCCCCCCCAUUGAACUGAAUAAUAAUUUUUUUUUAGAAAAAUAAACGUUUUUGGGCGUGGAACCCGAUAUCCUCCGUCGGCUAUGCCAGGUACAUCGUCUGGUCUAAAAUUAAAACCCUUUCCAGCAUAGACCACGAGCCGCCACUGCUCUAAAAUUCCCCCCAUGAAAAAGCUAUAGCUACAUCGUUGUUUGCCAUAAUAUAACCGACCCUGUAUCUCUUACGGCUUCCGAGAUCCCAAUGAUGAUUCUCGAAUUUGGGCCACCCUGUACAUAGCAAGCACACACAUGUAUGGAAACAAUCAACUUGCUGCCUUUGAGUUGGGAUAGUUUUCCGACACAUGAUAGGAAGCGCAAGCUUUUCGUGCCGGAUAAGCUUCGACAAGCGAGCAAUUGAAACUCUGAUUCAUUUUAGGAAUAUCUGUUUCAUUCUCCUUGAUGAAACUGGAGUAGCGACAGAUUCAUAUUGUCUCUUGAUAAGCCUAUCCUUCAGGUGUAAAUGUGGUAAUUUUUUUUCCAAAAUUUGAGAUAUUGGACUUCCAGUAUAAUCGAAAGUAUCUACCUCAAUCUGAAAAAUACAUUAAAACCUUGGUUUUCCGAAAUAAUGUGGGGAGAGCACCCCCUUUGGAGAAAUCGAUCAACGCAGUUCGUAGGGGACCCCCAUAUAACAGACGGCUGUAUUUUGCUGCCCAAAGUGCCUUUUUUUUCUGGAUAUCUUCAAAGAUGGUUCUGAUAAGCCAUGAUUCUCUGGGACUGUCUUCUCUAUUUGGAGCAAUAAAACCACUCGAAACCAUAUUUUUGCUGGGCAGGGUAGUGUAUGUGAGUUAUGAUAGAAAUAACAACCUUAUCCUAAGGCGCCAUCUUACUUAGCUCUCUUUUGAUCAAGCGCUAUUUUGUUUCAUAAUCUUUUAUUUGUUACCUAUUAUAAAUCACUUUUUUAAUUUUUGUUUUUUGUUGUAUUUGUUAACAGCUUUAGUAAAGAUUUUUUGUGUGUGAA